CGCCAAUUCAAACCCAAAAAGUACUCUUUUAACUCACACCAAUUGGAACAUGCUUUCCUUUUCCCUGCCCAAAGUGCACAAGCAUAAGCAAUCAAUAAGCUCCCAUCUCAUCUUUCUUAUCUGCCUCUUCCUCUUUCCUUCUCUUCCUCCAAUUCUUUCUUCUCUUUGAUUCUCUCUUCCCUUUGCCUUUGCCAAAAUUCAAAACCCUAAAAACACACACACACUCUCUCUCUCUCACACACUCUUCCUCUCUCUGGUCUUAUUACUGCCAAAAUCUCCUAGGAAUAUACUAUAGGGUCUCAGUUCUUUUGCCUGACCAUGCCUUUAUUUUGUACAAAUUAAAAGCUGCAAAAGGCUCUUCUUUUCUUAUCAAAAGACCAGCAUUUUAGGGUUUUUUCUCAAAUUGCAAGACUGAACCAAUUUCUUUCUGCUUAGUUGUGAUUCCACCUGAAUGAUCUGAAAGUCUUUUUUUUUUUCGUUGCCAAACAGUCUGGUAUUCUUGAACAAUGUCUGAUGAUAUGUUGAUACAUUUCUCCUCCAACUCUUCCAAUCAGUCAGACCAGUCGUUGCCCACCAAGAUUGCCAAACUCGAAGCUCGCAUGGUGGGUAAGACCUCUUCUGUCUCCUCCACCCCUGCCCAACCACAGCAACUGCAGCAGCAAGCCACCUGGACCUCUGUCUCUUCUGCAGUGAAAUUUGGGCCCGCCGAGGACUUGACUGAGCAUAUAACUUCCAGUGAUUCUGAUGAUGACAAUGGAGGAGAGUUUCUUAUACAGGCGAACACUCAGAAGCGCCAAAGAAUACAAGAAGAUAAUAAUUCAUCAGUUUUUGAACAUCUUGAGAUGACACAGGCAGUAGCUGAUGGAAGGCAAAAGACUGGGGAACCUGUGGACACAAAAACCAGUGCUGAUGCAAAUAGGAGAAAACAAGGGCGUGGUAGAGGGCAUUCUGUUUCAGGUAGAGGUCGUGGUUCCAGGGGCAAUGAUCAGAUGAGAUCACAAAUUUCUUCUUCAGCAGCAUCAGCUUCAAAUGGUCAGCUUGAGAACUCAUGCCACAAGGAUAAUAGGCAUAAAGACAACUUACGCAAUGAUGAUCGCACUUCAGCAGAGGAGGAGGUUGCUUCUCUGUGUGCAAAAGUUGCAGCUCUAGAGGAGGAGCUUUGUAAAUCUCGUCAAGAGGCCUCUGAUAAACAUAAUCUCUGUCACCAAUUAGAGAAGGAACUGAAGGAACUAAAAGAUUAUGAACAGCAAAUGAAGCCAAAGAGAACGAAAAUGAUAUCUGAUCUGCUGAUAUCUGUCUCAAAAGCAGAAAGACAAGAAGCUAGGAUGAAGGUUCGACAGGAUUCUUUAAGACUUGGCAAUGUGGGUGUGAUCAGAGCUGGAACUGUCAUAUCUGAGACGUGGGAGGAUGGGCAAGUGCUGAAAGAUCUAAAUACUCAUCUGAGACAUUUACUAGAAACAAAGGAGGCAAUUGAGCGGCAGAGGAAGUUAUUGAAGAAACGACAAUCUGACAAGGGUGAUGGAACAGAUGCAGAUUCAGGAGUACAAGAAGAAGAUUUUCUCAUUCAGGACGAGAUUUUUAAAUCUCGUUUAGCAAGCAUUAAGCGUGAGGAAGAAAUUAUUUUGCGUGAGAGAGAUCGUUAUGAAUUGGAAAAGGGACGGCUCAUACGUGAAAUGAAACGAAUAAGAGACGAGGAUGGUUCCCGUUUUAAUAAUUUUCAGAUUUUGAAUCACCGAUAUGCACUCCUAAAUCUUCUCGGGAAAGGAGGAUUUAGUGAGGUUUACAAGCAGGCUUAUGAUUUGGUAGAGCAUAGAUAUGUAGCAUGUAAGCUUCAUGGUCUGAAUGCUCAAUGGAGUGAGGAUAAGAAGCAAAGUUACAUAAGGCACGCAAUACGGGAAUACAAUAUUCACAAGACUUUGGUGCAUAAUCACAUUGUUCGGCUUUGGGACACUUUUGAGAUUGACCAGAAUACAUUCUGCACUGUCUUAGAGUAUUGUAGUGGAAAAGAUCUUGAUGCUGUUCUUAAAGCAACACCUAUAUUGCCUGAGAGAGAAGCUCGGAUAAUUAUUGUGCAGAUAUUUCAAGGUCUUAUAUACUUGAAUAAAAGAGCACAGAAGAUUAUCCAUUAUGAUCUGAAACCUGGGAAUGUUCUGUUUGAUGAGUUUGGUGUUGCAAAAGUUACUGAUUUUGGUCUAAGCAAGAUAGUGGAGGAUGAUGUUGGAUCCCAGGGAAUGGAACUUACAUCCCAGGGAGCUGGAACAUAUUGGUACCUGCCACCAGAAUGCUUUGAGCUCAGCAAGACCCCUUUAAUAUCAUCAAAGGUUGAUGUCUGGUCUGCUGGAGUUCUAUUUUACCAAAUGCUGUUUGGCAGACGUCCUUUUGGGCAUGACCAGUCUCAAGAACGAAUACUUCGUGAAGACACAAUUAUCAAAGCUCGCAGGGUCGAGUUCCCCUCAAAACCUUCUGUCUCAAAUGAGUCAAAGGAUUUUAUUCGGCGAUGUCUAACUUAUAACCAAUCCGAGAGACCAGAUGUUCUAAAUAUUGCUCAAGAUCCGUAUCUUACUUACUCAAAGAAGUAGUGUGCAAAUACACAGAUAAGAAGGGUUGCAUAAGAAGGGUUGAAGGCAGACAAUUUCCAUUGAUCAAACUUGGAAAGGAAAAAGUUACAAGAGAAACUUGGAAUUUUGUAUAGGCUGUAAAGGUUUUGUAAAUUUUUUUCCCCUGGCGUUCCAGGCCAAGAUUUUAGUUCCCUUCCCCCUCAUUUUGGGUUAAAGUUCAUUUUGGCAUAUUAUGGUUUGCAUGUUGUAACAGGUGCUUAUAUUUUUUAAAAAGGAAAAAAAGAAAAUGACUGUACAGAAAAGUUUUAACUUUCUGGAAAUGGAAGGGGAGCUUAGUGCAUUCGACUACAAGCUUUUAUACA